AUGGCAUCGCAGCAAAAACCCACCGGCACCCUAGUCAUCACAGGCGGCGGCGGCUACGUCGGCGGCAACAUCGUGCGUCUCGCGCUCUCCAAGGGGUAUGCCGUCCGCCUGACCGCGCGAUCCGACUCUUCAGCACAAAAAGCCGCGGCGCUACACCCGCAGUACGUCAACACGCCGCAGCUCACCACGACCGUCGUGCCGCCGUUCGACUUUGGGGGGUAUGCGGACUCGGGCGAGGUUGCCCAGUCGUAUUUACGCGCGCUCGAGGUUCCCAAGGCGGCGGGACAGAGGUUCCUCGUGGGUCAGGGGUUCAGGUACCAGCUUGCGGUGGACUCGGCGCGGGAGUCGAUCCCGGAGCUGAAGUACAGAUUGCCUGUGGGCAGGCCGGGUUUUGUUGAGCCGGCGUAUGAGAUUGACGGGUCCAAAGUCGAAAAGGUCCUUGGGUUGGAGUACAAGACGUUGGCCGAGACUGUUCGCGAUACGUACAGUCAGUUAUGGCAGGCCAAGAAGACCGAGGGCACGGCGUAG